AUGACUUUACGCACGCUGUCACUGCGAGCCCUGCUGCUCCUGGGACUAUGGCACUCUGGGAGGAGAAGUUUGGCCUCAGCUCCACAGCUGCAGGAGCAGCCCAAGAAGAUAGCUGUGAUAGGAGCAGGCAUCGGUGGAACUGCUGCGGCGUAUUACCUGAGGGAGGAGUUUGGACCUGUCGUCAAGAUCGAUGUGUUUGAGUCGGGGACGGUUGGAGGGCGACUGGCGACGGUCAAGAUGGGGGAUUAUGAGUACGAGACCGGCGGCUCUGUGAUCCAUCCUCUGAAUCUGCACAUGAAGCAGUUCAUCGACGCCUUGGGUAUUCCUCAGAGAAAAGAAGUCCCCUCUAAAAUGGCGAUCUUUGAUGGGAAAGAGCUCGUGUUUGAGGAAAGCGAUUGGUUCCUCGUGAACUUCUUCAGGAUGCUCUGGCGAUAUGGAUUCAGCUUCAUCCGCAUGCAGAUGUGGGUGGAGAGUGUUCUGGACAAAUUCAUGAGGAUCUACCAGUACCAGCAGUACGGUUACUCGUUCUCCAGCGUGGACAGGCUCUUGCAUGCCAUGGGAGGCGACGGCUUCCUCACCCUGAUAAAUCAAACGCUGGAGGAGGCCAUGAUGGGCGAAGGCUUUUCUCAGGUCUUCCUUAACGACAUGGUGGCACCCAUUACUCGCGUGAACUACGGCCAAAGCGUCCGCAUCAAUGGCUUUGUGGGGGCGGUGUCGUUGGCUGGGGCGGAUUCGGGCCUUUGGGCGGUGGAUGGUGGCAACAAGAAAGUGUGCUCUGGGCUCCUCUACCACAGCAAAAGUGAUCUCAUCCCCGCCAAAGUGACCUCCAUUUCAGUGAAAGCUCGGUCAUCAAAGAGAGGCAACACCGUCAGCUACUAUGAAGUUAACUACGUCGGAGAGUCCGGCGCGGCGCACUCUUUGUACGACAUCGUUGUCAUAGCGACGCCACUUCACCAGGGAAAGUCUGACAUCACGUUCUCGGGGUUCUCCCCUCCCAUCCCGACUCACUACCCGGGUCUCUACCACCGCACGGUGAGCACUUUGGUGCACGGCACCCUGAACGUGUCCUACCUGGGGACCGCCGAGCCGGCCUCGGAGUUCACCGUGUCCGACAUCCUCACCACGGACUCCAAGGGCUGCGCCAUCAACAGCCUGAGCUCUCUGGACCCGGUGCACAUCCCUGACGGCUACAAGCGACCCCCCGCCAGCCACCCCAAGGUCUGGAAGGUGUUCUCCUCAGAAUCGCUGACCGAGGAGGAGCUGCGGCGCAUGUUCCUCUCCUACGACUCUGUGUCCGAGACCCCUUGGCUCGCUUACCCGUCGUACCGUCCGCCGCACCGGAGGACCCCGCCGUUCGUCCUGCACAACCGGCUGUACUACCUCAACGCAGUGGAGUGGGCAGCCAGCGCCAUGGAGAUGAGCGCCAUCUCGGCCCGGAACGUGGCCCUGCUGGCUCAUCACCGCUGGCACGAACAUGUCGGCAAGAUCGACCAGGAGGACCUGCACACCCGACUGAGAGGAGAACUCUGAAAAGGAACUAAGAACAAUCGAAACGAGCAACCAGGUGUAUGAUUUCAUCCAGAAGCAGAUUACUGAUUUUGAUGGAAAACAAACCAUAACCACUGUUCUUUUUUUCUUUUCUUUUUUUUUUUUACCCUGAAAAAUAGUUAAAACACUGUGAAACAAGCUGCACUAAAGUGUAGAUCCUGACGCUUCCCUCUUUCCUUAUGAGUCGGUCGAUCUGUAUUGCCCCAUAUCCAACACGUCAGCUUGUUUUUUUUAUUACUCUUCAGCUACAUUUUUCUGACUUGACGCUUAAUUUACUGAUCAGUUUACAUGUCUUCUGUUAACUUCCACUCCCUUUCUUAGUAUUUGUAGAUUUCAAAACCUCCUAUUUCAAGACAAAGUACAUAAUUCAGUUUUAGACGUUUGAUUGUGCCUUAAUUAUAUCAGAGUCGGGUAUUAAAUAGGCUAUAAAUUGUCUUUUGGUCCCCUUUUGAGAUUUUUGUCUUAAAAGCUCAAGCACAAGGACCAACCUGCUUUUUGUGCUUGACAUUUCUGUUUUUUCUUUGUUUUUAGGAUACCGGGGGAGUAAUUUAAAAGUUUCGCAACUAUGAUUUAAUUGUCAGAACUCGUGUUGUAAAUGAUACUUGACUUGUACUCUACUUACAUGUUCCUCUUUGGUACUUUGGGAUACAAAUUGUAGUUGAAAAGUCACUCAUUAGGCACUUUUGGAAGAUAUUCUUCCAAGAUUUUGAAAGUGGCACUUUAACUGCGUUGCAGUUUUACACAUUGGUUUCAUAAUAAAUUUAAUAUUAAACCAUACUGAAAACGGCCCAUACAACACUGUACAUUUAAAAGAUGUUUACAGUCAUAAUAAAGUCUUCUUUGUCUUCAA